AUGUCUAACGAGACGACCAAGGACCAACAUAAUGAGCUUGCUACUGUUGAGCAGCUUCUUCUUGAGGCAGAUCAUAUACCACAAUGGCUGAAGGAUUCUGUUAUCCGAAGCAUGCGACCGCGUCAAGUGCAAUUUUGGUCUCCCCCAGAUGAUCCCGAUAAGCCAAAAUAUCUCAAAACGGUCACUCAUAGCGAAGCGGUUGUGGCAAAUCCGCCCAAUGAGACCCCGGCAUCCACCGAGCAUGAGACGGCUCAGUUGACCAUAGCUGCUCCAAUUGCUGUUGGAGAGGCACGGGGGCCCCAGAUAGUUGCCUGCACAGUAAUUCCGUUACAAGAGAACAGGGUGACUGCGGAACCCUUCCAAGCUGCUGCUAAGUUUUUCGACAAGAGUAUGGGUACGGAUGCAUUUCAUUAUCCUGAGGAGUACAGAUUGGAAGUGCUUGCUCGCGCGAUGGAUGGUUAUGUUAGGCAGCUCAAAACAGGUCUUGCCCAGGGGGAUUUCGCAGGACGUAAUGUCGUACUUGUCACAAACAAUCAGCAGGAAGAAACAAUAUGUGGGCUAACCAUACCACGCGUUGUGCUUAUUGACUAUAACAGGGCAAAAGUCGAUAAAAUGUCCCCGGAGCAGGCUGAAUGGCUGCCGUGUAACCCUGGCGCAAUAUUUUGGGGCGAACUCCUUUGCGGUUCCUUUGGCGGUUGGGUUCCCAAUGACUGGGAGGACGUAGAGAUGCAGCAGCAGUGGCUGCUGGAAAGAUUCGAGAAGAGCGAGCAACGGCGCCUCUACUACCCGUCUUCGGAAUUCUUCUCACAGCAGCUGAACAAAACAGCCUGA